GAGAACCAUUCAGAAUGCAACUUUUUUGCUGUAAGGAAGCUCUCCUGCACAACCUGAGAAACUUGUAUGGCUAUGUUGAACUGAAAGAACAGGGUUUUUAUCCCACAACCAAUCCAAGUUCCCAGUGGCUCCUGGAGAAGACAAAUUACUUCAGGAAUGCGCUAACCCCAAGCAGCUGUGGGAAACCGCCCGGGUCACACACGGACUGCUGCCGGCGGCAGCCCGGCCCAGCCCCUGCCGGCUGCUUCACAGCCGGGCUGCACGGAGCAGGGACACGCUCGGGCUCCCGCUGAAGGCCGGGGGCGCCGGUUACGGAGCGUGAGGGAGCGGGCAGGACCCUCGGAGCGGGGCUGCAGGCGGUGCCGUGAGCGGGAGCCCCGCGCGGAGCCGCGCUCGCUCCGGCCCGCCGGCACCGACAGCGCCUGCGCGCCUUCCGCCGGCCCGUGACGUCACGCGCGCGGCUCGGCGUUCCUGCGUAUCCGCCCGGUUCCCGCGGGGAUCGCCGAAUAAUCGCUACUACGCACCCGCCCCGCCGGGCGGAAGGGUUCUCGAAUUCUUAAAGUAACACCAAAUGUGAAGAAUUUUUGAGUAUCAUCCAUCCCAACUUCUGCAAGGUAACAGCUGAGUGAAGGCAGUCUAGAAGCUCCACAUCCAUCCAUUAUUUUGCCCUGUAAUGUCAGUUGAGGUGAACUUCAGCUCCUUCAACUUGCAUGGAUUUGUCUGGCCUCUCUUUUAACGAGCUCCCUGCUCCGAUGGCUCUGCCACCUCCGGAUCCGCAGUUUGUGCUCAGAGGUACCAGUGCUGCAGUCCACACUCUGCAUUUUUCCUGUGGAGGCCCAGAACCUGACAUCCCCCUUCUUUUCUCUGGGUCUGAGAAUGGGUUCAUCCAUGUCUGGAACCUGAAAACACACAGAGUGGACACAGCAUUGGAUGGCCAUGGAAGAAAAUCUGUCUGCUGCGUGGAGACAAUGGGUAGUAAAGACAGGCUUCUCAGUCAGGGGCGCGACCAGAGGAUCUGCUUGUGGGAUUUAGCAGAGGGACGGACUUCAGUGACGGAUUGUGUCUUCACGGAGCAUGUGGGAUUCUGCAGAUGCUCUCUGUUAAAGGUGGCGCAGGGACGCUGGCUAAUGGCCAUGGCAGCCAGAAGCCUGGAGGAGGUUCAGAUUUUGGAGCUGCCAUCCAAGACAUCAGUCUGUACCUUGAAACCAGAGGUGGGUGCCAAGCUGGGCAUGCCCAUGUGUCUGAAGUUACAGCAGCUCAGCUGUGGUUCACACCCUGUGCUUCUGGCUGGCUAUGAAGAUGGAUCAGUUGUCCUCUGGAAUGUGUCAAUGGGAAAAGCAUUGAGCCGACUCGUUUGCCACCAGGAGCCAGUGAUGAGCCUUGACUUUGACUCGGAGAAGGCCAAGGGGAUCUCAGGCUCAUCUGAAAAGGUGCUGAGCAUCUGGAGCCUCAAUGAGCAACAGAACCUCCAGGUUUACAAAACACACGAACUUGUCAACGCUGGCAUAUCUGAUAUCACCAUCCGUCCAGACAAGAAGAUUUUGGCAACAGCAGGGUGGGAUCAUCGCAUCAGGAUCUUUGGGUGGAAGAAGCUGAAGCCCUUAGCAGUGCUGGACUAUCACACAGCAACCGUCCACUGCGUGUCCUUCUCAGACCACAGCACGCCCCGGCACAGGCUGCUGGCAGCGGGCUCCAGAGAUCAGCGCAUCAGUGUCUGGUCCAUAUAUGCUCAGACAUGACACACUGCACUGCCAUGGACUAGGAAAACAGCACUGGUGAAGCAGCUCUAGCACUGUCAUUCAAACGUGCAUGUGGGGAAGUGCUAGAAUCUGUCUCCAGGCUGAAGUGAGAGUCCUAGGUUAAUUCUUAUGCUGCUUGUUUAAGCUAUAAGUUUUGUCUUCCAUAGAGGAAAGUGGAUUUUUAAAAUUCCUAACAAGCAGAACAAGGCCAGUCAUAAAGAAAGACCAAAGUUGCUUCGGGUUCUGCUACAGGUUUUGCAACACCUUUCCUUUGGCAGGUUGCUGACAUAACUUGUGCCAAUAUCUUUUGUAAAAAUGGACUGGAAUCCCUCGAACUGCAGUGGGGGCAGAAUAUGUCUGUUUGUAAGUCAUUUAUGUAUCCAAGAAUCUGAAUCAGUGUAAAACAUUACUCUUUCUUGAAAAUUUAUACCCAUUAAACCACCUCCAGUGGUUUCUCAUUGUCAGUUACUUUUUCUUCCCCUAACUGAAAGGCUAUCAGAACACCCUUGAUUUGUUCACACUUCUGUCAGUUUCUAACUUAAACCAACAGCCAGGAAUGUGACUGGGAUGGCCUUCGGCGUUUAUGAAUUUCAUUAUGUCUCCUGUCACCUCAAGCCUCACAAUUAAUCACAAGAAAGAAAGGAAAAAAAAUCUUCCCUAACAUUGCACUGCAAAGCUAUGUAAAGCCUUUUACAGAGCCAGUGCUAAAUCCUUUCCAUAGACUGAUGAGCUGAAGGAUUUAAACUCGACAAUCCAAUUAGCGCCCUUCUCCUUGGAGAGUCAGGGCUAAGUUUCAGCGUGGAAAGUCGGGGAUUGAGCUGCACAGCUCCCAUUAACAUUUAGGGGAGUCGCACGGGUAAAUCCUUAUCCACACAGUGCAAAUGGUUCCAUUAACUUGUCAUCUCUACAGUCAUGGAAACUGAAAUUCAUUCAUCAAAGUGUUUUUGUUUGACUCACAAAGCAGCAUUUGCAUUCUUCUAAAGCGUAUUAGACGCACACCAGUGUGUGGGAGCCAGGGUACUGCUGGAUUCCGCCACAAAGCUGCAGUGACAACUGUGUCCAGGCUCUACACUGUUGAUACUUUAUUGGAAGUAAUUGUUUCUGCUCUGUAGAGAGGUGGAAAUCAAAGAAAAAGUGACCAAAAGUGAACAGCAACAUCAAAGACUUUGAAAAUUAUUUCAGAGAAAACACACGUGCAAAUUAAGGUUUGGGUCUGUUACCCAGCUGUGCCUUGCAGACAGAGAAUAUUGCUGGACUGAAAGCCUGAAGCACCCAGCCUGACGUUCUUUACAUUAAAACACAGAACCAGGAUACUGUUGCCAGGCUUUUCUAAAUAAAACGUGGCCUUACACAUUUUAGAGUGUGGUGACACUUUAAAUAAUGCAUUUCUUUGAUUAUUUCUUUACUAUUCAGUAGCUGCAUGGAGGAUCAUGUUGCAGUUGAAAGUUAAAGCCUAAUUUUGAGUGAUCCUGAGUCAAGGGGAGGUGAUGGUGUUCAUUACAUCUACCAGACAGAAUUGCACAUCUCCACCCAUCAUCCACCUCCCACACAGAAGAGGAGCUGCCCCCACUGUACAAGCAGCUCCAGCCUCAGCCUUGUGGAAUGAGAUGCAGUCACCCUCCACACACGUGCUGCUGGAAGAACCCUUUUCUUUUGCUGUUUUUCCCCUUUCUCAAAGUUGGUCAGAAUUGACACAAAGAAACAAUGAAAUAAAUAAAUGGAGAAGGUGCUGUCCUAGGGAGUUUGCACAGGGAGUUCCCUUUGCCUGAGCUGUCUGGUACAACACCACACGUGUGGCCCAGGGGUGCCAGCAUUUCUCCUCCAUGGCAGCAAAGAGCAGCCUGCACUGUUGGGCAGUUUGCACAGAAGUGAGCUGUAGGUUUAAUGCUCAUCCAGCAGGAAAGGAAAUCCAGGGCUCACCCAUCCUGGGCAAAUGGUUAGGGUAAGGAACCAUUUUUGAUGCAAAUACUCUGGCAUUGGCACAGUGUGACCCCUCUGGAAAGAAGGAUUAAUACCCCAUGCCUUAUCGAGAUCAGAGGCUGAAAGUUAGGAAUUAUUGAGUAUAUUUUCUCUGAAAAUUGCCAUUUACUGUCAACAUCUGUAUUUAAAGCAAUUAGGGAGACUCAUAAGGGAUGUUUAGAUUUACGAAUGAGUCUUUUGGAAGAUACUCUAAAUUUAGAUUACUGGAUGCUUUCUUCUAAAUUACUAUCUUUUGCUGAGAAUUAAAUAUUUAUGUUUGUCUGAUUAGGUAGCUUUAAAAACAAAUUUAGUCACGCAAGUACAAAUUGAAAAUGAGGACAUGAACUGCAUCUCAGACACACAGGUGAGAGUUUCACCAUCCUCAGGAGGAAGGACACAGGUUGCAGGGUUGCUUGCAGGAACAGACCCAUCCUUUACUUCCCAUUACCAAGGCACUAUCCAUGUCAUGCUUUUUCACAAUACAAUUAAUUCAUUAACACUUUAUAUCACUGCUGAUUUUAUUUAAACACCCAGAAAACAGAUUUUUCUUUCACAUUAUAGUUUCCUUGAAAUGAGCAACCAAACUACCCUAGUUUGAUUUAGAGUUGAGCCUAAAUGCCAUGGUUUGAUUGUGAAUUACAGUCUUCUAACAGUUUAUUUGCCUAAGGAACUAACCUGGACUUCCCCAAACAAGAAUGGUUUCCAACAGGAAAGACAGUCUGUAUCAGUAUAGGCUGUAAAACACAAUUGUCUGAUUCUAACAUAACUGUAAAAUGCAGAUGUCUGAUUGCAUCUAAGAAAUUAAUUUCUUUUAA